AUGAACGUUGCUCUUAUGACUGCUCAUGUUGGUAGUAUUCUGUCACGAAGAAACUCGCUAUGGGUCGACUGGGUGCAUGAUUACAGGUUGAAAGGUAAAAAUUUCUGGGUUUGUAAAAUUCCUUCGAACUGUUCUUCGUCUUGGAGGAAACUUUUACAAAUGCGGCCGUCGAUUAGAUCGUAUAUGUGGAUGAACAUUGGCAGUGGGGCGGAUACAUCAGCGUGGUAUGAUAAUUGGUGUAGUAUAGGGCCGUUAGGUAACUUUCUAACGCCUCAUACUAUUACCAACGCGGGCUAUUGUUUGGAUGAUAAAGUGGCUGAUGUUCGAGCUAAUGGAGGUUGGUCUUGGCCGAAUGCUUGGAGGGAUCUAUUUCCAGUCCUAAAUCAGGUUGAUAAUGUCAAUAUCGAUCCGAACAAGGUAGACAAGUUAUUAUGGCGAGAUGGUGAUGACCUAAAUGAGAUUACUACAUCCGGGGUAUGGCAUUCGAUUCGUUACCGAACGCCAGAAGUCGAAUGGAGUAGUGUUGUUUGGUUUGCGCAGUGUAUUCCUCGGCAUGCUUUCCUGAUGUGGCUGAUUAUGAGGGGUAAACUGUUGACUCAGGAUAAGAUUUUGCAAUGGGAUCUUCAGAGACGGAAGAACAUGAACAUGAUGUGCUGCUUAUUAUGUUAUCAGAACAAUGAUUCUCACAGCCACUUGUUUUUUGAAUGCAACUUCUCGGCUCAAGUGUGGUGUUCGGUCAGGAAAAAGGUUGGCAUGGAUUCUGUUAACCCAAAGUGGCCGGAUAUUAUAGAGUGGUUAAUGCCCCGUGCUCGGUCGAAAUCUGUUACCAAUUAUGCGGCUCGUCUUCUGGUUGCGGCUAGUGCAUAUAUUAUUUGGCAGGAGAGGAAUGCUCGUAUUUUCAUGAAUCAGCUAAGGCCCCCGGAAGUGAUAAGCGAAAUUAUUCUUAACACGGUUCGGUAUAAGCUUAUGGGAGCGAAGCUGCGGAACACUACUAAUGUGCAAAGGGUGCUUGCGGAAUGGAAGAUUGGAGGCAAUUCUGUUAGCGAUGAUGGCGGCUAG